CAUUUAUUUGUUUUUUAAUAGCAUAUUUCACGUAUUUUACGAACAAUACCUUACCAUGUGGAAAGACACGAUACAGAAUUUAGCGAUAUCUAUGAUAGAUAUAUUUAUAGUCACUUUCAUUCUUCUCGGAUUGGAUAUUUAUUCAGCUUUAACAGUAAUAAUCACAAUUUUUAUGAUUUUACUAAAUCUCAUGGGUAUGAUGUUUUGGUGGAACAUAUCAUUGAAUGCCGUCUCAUUAGUCAACUUGGUAAUGGCCAUUGGAAUCUCAGUAGAAUUUUGUUCUCACAUUGUUCGGGCAUAUGCCGUCAGUAACGAAGGGUCAAAAAAAGCAAGAGCAGAAAGUGCACUAGCAGAGAUGGGAAGUUCGGUGUUGUCUGGAAUAACUUUGACUAAAUUUGGAGGCAUUAUCGUUCUCUAUUUUGCUAAGUCACAAAUUUUUAAAAUUUUUUACUUUCGGAUGUAUCUGGGAAUAGUGUUGAUCGGCGCUUCUCACGGGCUCAUUUUUCUCCCCAUUUUUCUAAGUAUAUUUGGUAAGUAUACUUUUUUUGUUAUUUUAUAGAUGAUUAUUAUAUUA